AUUCCCCCAAGCCACGCGUUCUCUCCCUCCCUCCCUCUCGUCCCGCAAGUCGGCCGCAAGUAUUUGCAACUGUGUUAGGGUUCCGAUUCAAUGGCGGCCGGCAAGAAGACGAAGAAGACUCAUGAGAGUAUCAACAACAGGCUCGCUCUCGUGAUGAAGAGCGGCAAGUACACUCUGGGUUACAAAACUGUGCUCAAGUCCCUCAGGACCUCCAAAGGGAAGCUGAUAAUAAUUUCUAACAAUUGCCCACCGCUGAGGAAAUCUGAGAUCGAGUACUAUGCUAUGCUUGCGAAGGUUGGGGUGCACCAUUACAACGGAAAUAAUGUUGAUCUGGGAACAGCAUGUGGCAAGUAUUAUCGUGUGUCAUGCCUAAGCAUCGUUGAUCCAGGUGACUCGGAUAUCAUCAAGUCGCUGCCUGGAGAUCAGUGAGAGUUCCCAUUACAUUUCGAGCAUAUAUAUUCUGCUAAUCGUCUACUUUCUGCACCAUUGCACAACUAUUGUACCGUAUCGAAGUGAAUCAUCCUUUGGCCUUCUUGUAAUGCUCGAGGUAAUUUGCUGCGUUUUGUAUUGUUAAAUGAACACUUGAGCCAUCAUAAAAAUCCAACAUUGUUCUUGUACGUUGCUCGAUUGUGGUAGCUUUAAAUUUACCUGGUAUUUUUGUGUAUUGACCGAGACCUUUCUACGAUCUUAUAUAUAGUUUACUCAUUCCCAUUUUGUGUUUCUAGGGAAAAGUUAUAUGCAG